AUGUGUCAAACUUCUUUAAAAGGUGUUUUAAAAGGAAACUACAGCCUAGACUUUAAAGAAACUGUGAUGGACUCUAGCAUUCUCCCAUGCUUCGUCUACGGGAAUCAAACCUGGACAUUUACGGAAACAGUGAAGUCGAAGAGAGAGAGUGAAGUCCCAGAAAGCAAUGGAGCGAACAGAAAUGGAAAUGGGCAGGCCAUAUUGCAAGUUGUACAGAUAAAACAUGGACCGCUGAAGCCACCCGCUGGAUGGGACCUCCAAGAAAAAGGAAUGGCUCAAAUGGAAAGUUCAGGAGGAGGCCAUUGCCCAAAAGGGGUCCAUACUGCAGAUUACGAAGUAAUUGAAAUAACAAUAGCUAACGUAGACUAA